AUGUACUCCGCAACACGGCGAUGGCUUCGUCGCAACAGAACUCCCAUUGCUGUCGGCGCUGGCGUGAUAGGCGCCGGCUACCUCGUUUCCCGAUAUGUGAUGGGCAAGAUCAAUGACGCGCGGGAGCGGAUGAGUAGCGACCGCAUCGCCAAAGAAAAGUUCGAUCCACCGCUCCUUAGUCCCUUGUUCCCUCUCCGACGGCGCUUCGAGCAGAACCAAGAAGACUGUACCUUUACCGUGUUGGCUUUGUUACCUACCGCUACCCAAAAUAUUCUCGAGGCUAUGGACACAGAGAAGAUCACGUACGAGAUCCAGCAGUUGAAGGCACGGCCAGCGGGACCACCGAGCAUAGCCGACACCACCCUCACUGAAGAUGAUGGCCGCAGCGUCUCUGCUUCUGGUCCCGCAAAUAGCACGCCGGCUACCGAAUCUGACCCUCAACCACAGCCUGCAGAGGCCGCCGCCGCGAACGCCUCACGCAAGACCAAGCGCCAGCUGUGGGACGACCUGGCCAUAAGCUCCAUCACCAGGGCUUUUACCCUCCUCUACGUCCUCGCUCUGUUGACCAUGCUUACGCGCAUCCAGCUCAACCUUCUCGGCCGCCGGAGCUACUUAUCAAGUGUCAUAACCCUGGCCACGGGGUCUGCCCAGGCCUCCAUUGGACUGGAGAACAAUGAUGACGACAGUCCGGAUGUCGUCUAUGGCAGUGACUUUGACGUGAACCGGAGGUACCUGACUUUUAGCUGGUGGCUGCUCAACAAAGGCUGGGCUGAGCUCAGGGAUCGCGUGGAGGUUGCUGUUCGGGGCGCGUUUGGUCAUCUCAGCCCACGUGAUGAGCUUUCCCUCGACAUGUUCGGCAGGCUCACUAAGCAGGUUCGGGAUGAGGUUGAGGCCGAUGUCAAAUGGCUAGCGUUUCUACUGCCACCGCGAGAUCAAGAGGACUCUGUGCUUGCAGAGUCGGGCAUCCUGGGCGAAUCUGAGACGGCCGCGGGCGCAGAAGGAAGCAUGAUUGUCAUCCAAUCGCAGUCGCCUGUCGUCCCGCCUCCGCUGCGUCGCCUGCUGGAUGAGACGUCGGACAUCAUAGACUCGCCUGCAUUCUCCUACGUGCUCGCCAAGAUACUCGACGCCGGAUUCUCAACCCUGAUUGAGGGCGAGCUGGCCCAAUCUGUCUUCGGCUCGGGCGGGGUCCCCAAGCCCACGGUGCAGCUACCAAAGGUGCUCUCGUGCCUAACGCGUCAGGCGCAUGCCGUAGGCAACGGCAUGCCUAACAAGUACCUACAGGCCAUGGAGACGGUGCGCGAGCUCGAAGGCUUUGCGGCCGUUGUGUAUUCUAGCAACUGGCAGAACGAGAUGCGGGAUGACGAGGGCGACGUCAUGGCUGGGAGCGCAGCCGUCAUCGUCCCACCCACCGCAUCCUUCGAGGCUGCCUGGAAUCGGGCUGUGGAAGGCCGCCAGGCAUCAUAG